AUUUUAGCCCCUCUCCCCUUUCGAUGUGCGGCUUUGGACAUGCGGAGGCUACUGCAACCGUGUUGGUGGAUCUUUUUCUUGAAAAUCACCAGCUCCGUGCUCCAUGAUGUGGUGUGCUUCCCCGCUCUGACUGAAGGUUAUGUUGGCGCUCUGCAUGAAAACAGACAUGGUAGUUCUGUGCAGAUACGGAGGCGAAAGGCUUCGGGGGAUCCUUACUGGGCAUACUCGGGUACCUAUGGUCCCGAGCACUGGGUUACUUCCAGCGAGAAGUGCAGAGGGUCUCACCAGUCUCCCAUAGACAUCGUAGACCAUCAGGCCCAUGUUGGAGAUGCAUAUCAAGAACUGCAGCUUGAUGGUUUUGACAAUGAAUCUUCAAACAAGACUUGGAUGAAAAACACAGGAAAAACGGUUGCUAUCCUGCUGAAGGACGAUUAUUUUAUCAGUGGUGCCGGGUUGCCGGGCAGAUUCAAGGCAGAGAAAGUGGAGUUUCACUGGGGUCAAAGCAACGGAUCAGCUGGCUCUGAGCACAGCAUCAAUGGCAAGAGGUUCCCCGUUGAGAUGCAGAUUUACUUCUACAAUCCUGAUGACUUUGACAGUUUUGGAACAGCAGUUCUAGAAAACAGGGUAAUAGGAGCCAUGGCCGUGUUUUUUCAAGUCAGUCAGAGGGACAAUCCAGCACUGGAUCCCAUUAUCCAUGGGUUGAAGGGCGUCGUACAUCAUGAGAAGGAGACCAUUCUGGAUCCCUUUGUGCUGAGGGACCUUCUGCCGACAUCGCUGGGGAGUUACUACCGCUACGCAGGUUCUCUGACUACUCCUCCGUGUAGUGAGAUCGUGGAGUGGAUCGUUUUUCGGAAGCCUGUUCCCAUUUCUUACCAUCAGCUGGAGGCGUUCUACUCCAUAUUCACCACUGAACAGCAAGACCACGUCAAGUCCGUGGAGUACCUGAGGAAUAACUUCCGACCACAGCAAAGCCUGAACAACAGGAAGGUGUCUAAGUCUGCCGUGAAGGAUGCUUGGAGCCAAGAUAUGACAGACAUCUUGGAAAAUCCACUUGGCACAGAAGCUUCCAAAGCUUGCAGCACUCCCCCAGUCAACAUGAAAGUGCAGCCUGUGAACCGGACAGCAUUACUUGUAACCUGGAACCAACCAGAAACCAUCUACCACCCUCCGAUCAUGAACUACAUGAUCUCAUAUAGCUGGACUAAAAAUGAAGAUGAAAAGGAGAAGACUUUCACCAAGGACAGUGACAAGGACCUGAAGGCCAUCAUUAGCCAUGUCUCACCUGACAUCCUUUAUCUGUUCAGAGUUCAAGCAGUUUGCCGAAAUGAAAUGCGUAGUGACUUUAGCCAGACUAUGCUCUUUCAAGCUAACACUACUCGAAUUUUCGAGGGGACCAGAAUUGUGAAAACAGGAGUGCCCACAGCAUCUCCUGCCUCCUCAGCCGACAUGGCUCCCAUCAGCUCUGGCUCCUCCACCUGGACCUCCUCGGGGCUCCCCUUCUCCUUCGUGUCCAUGGCCACGGGGAUGGGGCCUUCCUCCAGCGGCAGCCAGGCCACCGUGGCCUCAGUGGUGACCAGCACCUUGCUGGCAGGGCUGGGCUUCAGCGGUGGUGGCAUCUCCUCGUUCCCUAGCAGCGUGUGGCCCACCCGGCUCCCCGCAGCAGCCACCCCCAGCAAGCAGGCGGGACGGCCGGUGGUGGCUGCCACCGAGGCCGCCGCUGCCACCUCCCCAGGGCCAGAGCGGGACUCGGCGCUGACGAAGGACGGCGAGGGAGCCGAGGAAGGGGAGAAGGAUGAAAAGAGUGAAAGUGAGGAUGGAGAGCGGGAGCAUGAGGAAGAGGAAGAAAAGGAUGCUGAGAAGAAGGAGAAAAACAGGGCAACGGCGGCCAUAGAGGUGCACAAUAGCACGGAGCGCAACGUGGCCACAGCUUCCCCCAACCGGACUGCUGAGGAGGAAGGAAAUAAAACUAUAUCGGGUGAAGAGCCAAACCAAAACGUUGCCCCCACGGCUGGAGGUCUUGAGGAGGAGAGCUUUGCCGAAGCAGACACUCAGCCCCAGCCGCUCCCUUCCACCCAAGUGCCGCCAGCGUUCACCAACGAACUUUACCUGGGGAAGAUCCCAAGAAGACCAGAGACAACAAGAAAACCUCCUCCAAAGGAGGACAGGUUUCCAGAGGAAUACCCCUCAGAUAAUAAAUUCAUCACCAUUAACCCAGCUGACAAGAACAGCUCCAGCAUGGCCACGAGACCUUCUCCUGGUAAAAUGGAAUGGAUCAUCCCGCUUAUUGUGGUCUCAGCGCUGACCUUUGUGUGCCUCAUUCUUCUCAUUGCUGUGCUUGUCUACUGGAGGUGUAACAACAUUUCCCCAACAUUUCCAGAAAUACCUCCUUCUGCAGAGGGAGCCAAGGGGAGCAGAAAGUGUUUUCAGACUGCCCAUUUCUAUGUGGAGGACAGCAGUUCCCCCCGUGUGGUCCCCAAUGAAAGUAUUCCCAUUAUACCUAUUCCAGAUGAUAUGGAAGCAAUUCCAGUCAAGCAGUUCGUUAAACACAUCAGUGAGCUGUAUUCUAAUAACCAGCAUGGGUUCUCGGAAGACUUUGAGGAAGUGCAGCGCUGUACAGCUGACAUGAACAUCACUGCAGAGCAUUCCAACCACCCCGACAACAAGCACAAGAACAGAUACAUCAACAUCCUAGCCUAUGAUCACAGCAGGGUGAAGCUAAGGCCUUUACCAGGAAAAGAUUCUAAGCACAGUGACUACAUUAAUGCUAAUUAUGUUGAUGGUUACAACAAAGCAAAAGCCUACAUUGCUACCCAGGGACCUUUAAAGUCUACCUUUGAAGAUUUCUGGAGGAUGAUUUGGGAACAAAAUACUGGAAUCAUUGUCAUGAUCACAAACCUUGUUGAAAAAGGAAGAAGAAAAUGCGAUCAGUACUGGCCGUCAGAGAACAGCGAGGAGUAUGGCAACAUAAUCGUCACGCUGAAGAGCACAAACAUCCACGCCUGCUACACUGUGCGCCGCUUCACAGUCAGGAACACAAAGAUGAAAAAGGGUCAGAAAGGAAACCCCAAAGGGCGGCAGAAUGAGAGAACAGUUAUUCAGUAUCACUACACUCAGUGGCCUGACAUGGGUGUGCCGGAGUACGCUCUGCCUGUGCUAACCUUCGUUAGGAGAUCCUCCGCAGCCAGAACCCCGGACAUGGGACCAGUGGUGGUGCACUGCAGUGCUGGUGUUGGCAGAACUGGUACCUACAUUGUGAUAGACAGUAUGCUGCAACAGAUAAAAGACAAAAGCACAGUUAAUGUCCUGGGUUUCCUGAAACAUAUCAGGACACAGCGCAACUACCUCGUCCAGACAGAGGAGCAGUACAUUUUUAUUCAUGAUGCCUUGUUGGAAGCCAUCCUUGGGAAGGAGACUGAAGUACCUGCAAACCAGCUGCAUAGUUAUGUUAACAGCAUCCUCAUACCUGGCAUAGGAGGGAAGACACGACUAGAAAAACAGUUCAAGCUGGUUACACAGUGUAAUGCAAAAUACGUGGAAUGCUUCAGCGCUCAGAAAGACUGCAACAAAGAGAAGAACAGGAACUCAUCAGUCGUGCCGUCUGAGCGUGCUAGAGUGGGCUUGGCACCGCUGCCUGGAAUGAAGGGAACAGAUUACAUUAAUGCCUCUUAUAUCAUGGGCUACUACAGGAGUAACGAGUUCAUCAUAACCCAACAUCCGCUGCCACAUACGACUAAAGAUUUCUGGCGAAUGAUCUGGGAUCACAAUGCACAGAUCAUCGUCAUGCUGCCGGACAACCAGAGCCUGGCAGAAGAUGAGUUUGUGUACUGGCCAAGUCGCGAGGAAUCCAUGAACUGUGAGGCCUUUACUGUGACCCUUAUCAGCAAAGACAGACUGUGCCUCUCUAACGAAGAGCAAAUUAUCAUCCAUGACUUUAUCCUGGAAGCUACCCAGGAUGACUACGUUCUGGAAGUCCGCCACUUUCAGUGUCCUAAAUGGCCAAACCCAGAUGCUCCCAUAAGCAGUACCUUUGAACUUAUCAAUGUAAUCAAGGAAGAGGCCUUAACAAGGGAUGGCCCCACCAUAGUUCAUGAUGAGUAUGGAGCUGUGUCAGCGGGAACGCUAUGUGCCCUUACCACUCUGUCCCAGCAGCUGGAGAAUGAAAAUGCUGUCGAUGUUUUCCAGGUGGCAAAGAUGAUAAAUCUUAUGCGGCCUGGAGUAUUUACAGACAUUGAACAGUACCAGUUUCUUUAUAAGGCAAUGCUAAGCUUGGUCAGCACUAAGGAAAAUGGAAACGGUCCCAUGACACUGGACAAAAAUGGUGCUGUGAUGGCCAGUGACGAAUCUGAUCCCGCAGAAAGCAUGGAGUCUCUUGUCUAAUUGGAAACCUGAAAAGGCACUUAAUUUGUAGAACUUCUGAAGACUGAGUGAACUUUUUUGAGGCCUUUUUUGCCAGACUCUAGGUUAUACAAUAACCCAAUUACUUUUUUACACUGAUAAAAGUUUUGAUAUUUAUUUUUUGCCAUUUUAUGUCUUAAUGGUAUCCUACUGAGCAUUUGCACCUCUGUUUAUUUCACACAGUGAAACGCAAUUUUAUCUAGUUUGCACUAUAUGAUCAGUGUUACUGCCUAUAAUAUUCUAAUACAAGACAAGCCCUGAUGUGACAUUCCAUGACAACAAACAUACGCUUUUUCUGUUUCGUUUAAAUGCAGUGAAGUUUUGCUAACUACCGUGACCCUCGAAUCUUAAAUCUUGAAUGCUAGGCCAGAUGGAUUCUUUCUCCAACAGAUACUGUACCCCUUCAUACCAUAUUUAUUAUUUUAAUGAUCAUGUCACAGUUUUGGUAACGGUAUUCUGCAUUCCAGUGGAGUGGAUGAGCAGCGUUCAUCCUUUCUUGACAAAACGUGGCAGGUGAUUAUUGGCUACAGUGAGGGUGUAAUAGCCUUGUGGAGCUGAAACAAUUAUUUCUGUAUUGUUUCAAACUGCUGUUUCGUACGCUUACAGGCCUAAGACUUGCUUCACAUGGAAUAUAUAAAUUACAUACAAUAUAAUUAUAAAUUAGAUGCAAUUCGUAUGUGGGACGCGGUGAUAGGUUUUGAAUUUACAAUUUCAAAGUUUCCCCAUGUAUUCAGAAAAAUGUCAAUUUUAGUUUUUAAUCAGCCCUAUGAUGGGAAAGUAUUUUGGUUUUAUUCUUAUCAGAGCCAAUACAGUAAGAAAUCUACUACAACCCAAAAUCAGACCUGUUUUCAGAUAUAUUGAAGGUAGCAAUAUUUUACAUUACUAAGCUAUUCAAUAUUUUAAACACAUUAAUUUCCUUACUAUUUCUUGAAUAUGACCUCACACCUAAUGGUAUGUUACAUGGUGACAGGCGUUUCUUAAUUUCAUAACUGUUAGAUGCCAUUUUUACAGGUGUGUAAUUUUCAUACUUUAGUGCUAAAACAUACAGUACUGAUCCAUAUUUACUGGUGAAGCAAACUAAUAAAAAAACUACCUAUAAAGUUACAUUCUCCCUCUUUUUUUUGCCAGACUAAUUCCUUAGCACAAACCUAGCUUAUUGUGUUUUCCCUCCCAAAUAAAAUGGUUUCCCCCAGAUUAUAUAAAUAAUUGAAUUACUGUUUGGAGCAUUUAAGUAUACAUCCUCACUGGCUCCCUUUUCCUUUGUAUUUGGUGACAAUUCAACAAGGUCCAUGCCUAUUUAACAAAAGAAGUAAGCACAUACUUAAUUCUCCUGAAAAUUAAAGCUAAUCGUGUCCUUCAUAGCUCGGCUGAGUAGGGAGGGGUUAUUGAAUCUGCCUUGAAAAGGAAAUAUGUCGUUUCAACCAUCCUGACGUUUGGUAUACAGUUAAAAGCACUAUCCCUUAUGUAUGGCAUUAGUUUCUUUACUUUUAAAUUUCAACUGCACAAG